AUGGUAAAGCUGUUUUGUGUCAUCUUCGGUAUGAAGGAAAGUGUGUUUCCUGUCAACAUCGAUACGACUAUGAGUGUGGGGGACCUCAAAGAAGCAAUCGCGGCAAAGAAGACGAACGCCUUGAAGAACGUUGAUGCGAACCAUCUGCGUCUUUUCUUGGCAAAGGAAAUGGACGGCGAGUGGCUCGCGUCUGACUUGAAAAUCGUGAAGAAGCUGAAGAAGGGUAAGAAAAAUUCUUAUAUUGAAGCACUCACGGCGAAAAAAAAGAACUGCAGGCAGAUCACUCCCUUGAUGUUAUUUUUGAUGAAAAUACUCUCCCACCGUAUGGCUACAUCCACGUACUGA